AUGGGCGUUCUGGCUAGGCUUCGCCCUGUACAUGAUUUCAAAGCUCAGGAAAAAGGCGACCUGGACCUACUGGCAGGCCAGACGGUCCUAGUCACUGAACUGAUGGACGACGACUGGUGGAAGGGGAGGGUCGCCGACUCCAACGGCCCCGAGGGGGUGUUUCCGCGGAGCUAUGGUGUAGUCAUCUCCCCAUCAUCUGGCCAACAGUUUCGGAAGAGCCCCAAGGGUGAAUUCGAGGCGUACAGCCAAGUUGACUAUAAUGGCGAUCUCCAUCUGGGCUUGUCGUUCGAGGUUGGGGACAGAAUGCUCGUCUACGUCCGGCUUACCAGUUUGCUUUCAUGGGGCGUGAACCUGGAAUCAAAUUUUCAAGGAGUCUUCCAUCAUACAUACGUUCAGCCCUAUGGCAAUCCUGAUAGCGCAGGCAUCAUCAAGGCUAAUGCCACAGCCAGCUACGACGGCACCGUCCGUGCAAACUUGGCUCUCGCUAAGGGUGAUGUCCUUCUGGUCAAACAUAUCUUGGAUUAUGAAGUCGCAUGGGCAAGAAACAACAGGACAUGCUUAGAGGGUCUUUGCCCGGCGGCUCUUAUUGCGCCCGCUGUCCCGGCAGACAAGAAUGACUCGAAACCCCGCACUGUUCCAUUGUUUUCACCGAACAAAGUGACUGCAUUGUACACGUGGCCUGGAGAGUCAAUAGAGGAUAUGCAAAUUGUCAAGAAUGACCAGAUCUUGGUCAUUCAGACUUUGGAUGAUGAAAAUUGGUUAAAGGGCGUUAAUUUGCGCACUGGCAAGACAGGCGUAUUUCCUAGAACAUACGUUCGCUUCCAAGAGCUCACAAACUCUCAAGUUGAGCCAAAAUCCUCGUGCAAUGUCGACACGUUAGCUGUCUCUCAACCUCGACCUGUGGUUGCGAUUUCCCAGACGCAACAUACUCAGAUACAACCUUCUCUCCUACCUGCUAAGCCUGUAUCCCAAAGCGGGCCUGCGAGGCAACCUGAUCCGGCGCCGGCGGAGACCACUCGAAUUCCGGAUUUGGAGCCACCCACCAGACCUGUUUUGGGGAGCAGAUUGGACACUGACCUUGUCCGUGACUCGAAGCUCGAUACGUCGUUUACUGGCGAAGACGUAGUCUGCCAUACUUCCUAUACAUUCCACCCUAGAAACCGCCACAACCGUAUCGUCGUGGAAGAGAAAUGGAAAGUGGAAAGAUAUCUUGGCCGCGGAGGCUUUGGCCAAGUUGACCUACAGAAGUGCGUGCAAGGACCGAAAGAGGGCGAACUCCGUGCUGUCAAGAUGAUUAUCAAGAACCCAUAUAAUGAUGAAACCAAGAAGAUCAAUUAUGACCAGGAGCUUGAGGCGAUUGCCAAAUUUUCUCAUGAGAAGGCAACUGAUACUCAAUUCAUAUUCUGGUAUUCAAAAGCUAACCUGUUGUGUUCUUUGCAGUACGUCCACUGUUUCGCACGCUCGUUUGGAUGGUAUGAGAAUGAAAAUGCCAUCUUCAUAACUAUGGAGUUUUUUGAACAUGGAGACUUGCAAAAACACAUGCGAAGCCGCUUCCCGGAAUUUGAGGUUGGACAAAUCACCUCUCAAAUCUUGGAAGGUCUCAGUUAUAUGCAUGAUAACGGAUUUGCUCAUAGGGAUUUGAAGCCUGCUAACAUCCUCGUCAAAGAACGGUCGCCGAAUUGGUGGAUCAAAAUCAGCGAUUUUGGAAUCUCCAAGCGUGCUAGCGGUGACCACACAGCGCUACACACCCUUGUUGGAACACCGCGAUACCUUGCCCCAGAGGUGAUGAGAAUCUUCUCCCCAGAGGACACGGAAGAUAUGGACAGCGACACCUUGGAUUACACUGUGGCAAUCGACCAGUGGGCGCUAGGGGCCAUUGCCUUUCAACUCCUCGCCAGCAGAGAUCCGUUCCCGCAACCGCGCUCUCUUCAAAACUACGUACAUGGCAAGGAGCCAUUCCCCUCUAGUGUUUUGACAGCUUUCCGAAUAAGUGAGCCGUGUAUUGAGUUUCUGAAGUCCCUUCUCACACCAAUACCUUCGCGCAGACCAAAUGCAAACUCAGCUUUGAAACAUCCAUGGCUAGAAGAGAUCAGCCAAUCCCCCCAGCUUGUGGACCAAAGUAUUACUUUAAUAGAAGAUGAAUUUUCUCUUAUUCAAUUUGAUACGGAAACUGCAAGCAUAUCGUGGACCGAGGCGCUUCAAAAUCCUUCAGUUUAA